AUGGCUUUGUACGAUGGAGGAUUUACACCCUUUGGUGGAGGUGUUUUUGGCGGUUUUCUCGAUGGUUACAAUAUGUGUGGAAUGCAUGAGCAACAAGUUCUUUUUAAAGAUUGUGUAUUUUCAUUUAAUGGUGCAAUUAUAUCAAAUAAUUUAGAUGAUUAUCUUAAAAAAGAUAUUCUUUCUGAAAUACUUGGAAAUAAUUUUUAUGCUGACCUUGCUAAUCCAGCAUUACUACAAAUUGAAGGAUAUGCAUCUUGGUCAUAUGUUAUUGAAAUUGACUCGGAUGUAUGUGACAAUUCAAGAAAAAUCGUUAAAUCUCGUACUGCAGCAGUAGAUAAAAUUCGAAUAGAUGAAGAAAAUCAAUUAAGCGAACAACGUAAUAACCCUUUGAGGAUCGGUGGGCCAUUUUAG